CUCCGGAAGUUGGAGCACAGGUUUGUUGUUGACGAGUUUUCAAGUCGGCGGUCUCCGCUUUGGAGUGUGGGGUUCGUCGCGGGUGAUUUCGCCAUGGUGUGCGAGAAGUGUGAGAAGAAACUUGGCACUGUAAUUACACCUGAUACAUGGAAAGAUGGUGCACGAAACACUACAGAAAGUGGUGGACGAAAACUAAAUGAAAAUAAGGCAUUGACAUCAAAGAAGGCAAGAUUUGAUCCUUACGGCAAAAACAAGUUUGCAAUAUGCCGAAUUUGUAAAAGUUCAGUUCACCAGCCAGGCUCUCACUACUGCCAGGGUUGCGCUUACAAAAAGGGCAUCUGCUCAAUGUGUGGAAAGAAAGUCUUGGAUACAAAAAACUACAAGCAAACAUCUGUGUAAUUUAUACUGUGAGCUCUUAUUAUUCACCCCCUUGGAGAUUAAACUCAGUUAACAAACAUUAUCAACUUGAGCAAAAUGCUGAAAGGUUCCCCCAUAAUUUACUUGGGCUUUUAGUGGCAUUGUUCUGACUUUAUAACUUGGCUAUAAAAUGAUCUAAUUAAUAUUUGUUCUGUUUUUACUACAUAGAAGCCUUAAUGCUGCCUUGUAACUUGAUCUGGUUGUAAUCACUGUUUGAAUUUUUGACAACACUGAUACAGCAGCAAUCCACCAGUGACACUUAGUGGUAUAAAUAUUUACGUCAUCUUAUUAAACAAUUUAUGCUAUUUGUCUGAACUUUCAGAAUCUAAAGGCAAUUUGGGGAAAAUGUAAGGCUGAAAAUAUCCACCGGUUGAUAACCUCCAGGACUUCGUGUUUGUAUUGUGAGAUGCUGAGUACAACGGCAGUAGGAAUAAAUAGCAAACUUGCAUGUUUAACGGUGUAUAAAAUGUAAUGUACAACUUACGUUCCCACAAGCCAACUUGAGUCCACUAGGGUUCCAUAAACCUCCUAGAUAUGUUGCCUGCUGUUACGUCACAUAGCUGGAGGCUAUGUUUUCGGCUUGGCAGGUCCCAAAGUCUGAGGUCCUGAUAUGCAAUAUGUUUCAGUGAAGACUAAUCUUUUUUUUAAUCUGGGUUUGUUGGACUGAAAUAUAAAAUGGAAUUUACAAGGCGAAUGUAAAUUAGUCUUUAGCCUUGUGGUGUCAAUUAAGUAUUGAGGCAUAGCUUGUACAUAGAGGAGACACUGUAUGUAAACAUGUUUUGAGUAUGUUGCAUUAAAACAGAGAGAUGAUCCACGGAAACUUA